CCACUGCUAUACAUGUCGACAACCGUACUCUGCACAAGGCGGAGGCAGGCAUUUAUCACAAUCAAUAUCAUUGUUAGGCCGUGGUACGCAGAAACUCCGGCUUGUGGAUACUGCGGUCAGAGUUGGUGUGAACAGCUGUUAAUAAAUACAGAGGAGUCAUGCAGGCCUUCUUGAAAGGAGCGACUGUUCAGAGUACGAGACCUCAGAAAGACAAGGCAGCAGCAGGACCUAGCUCAGAGAAGAAGGCCAAGGCUAUUCCCUGGGUAGAAAAAUACAGGCCAAAGUGUGUUGAUGAGGUGGCCUUUCAGGAGGAGGUGGUAGCUGUGCUGAAGAAGUCUCUGGAAGGAGCAGAUCUUCCCAACCUUCUCUUUUAUGGCCCUCCUGGAACAGGAAAGACCUCCACCAUCUUAGCUGCUGCAAGAGAACUUUAUGGUCCAGAGCUGUACAGACAGAGAGUGCUGGAGCUCAACGCCUCUGAUGAACGCGGUAUCCAGGUCGUCAGAGAGAAGGUCAAAAACUUUGCCCAGCUCACCGUGGCUGGGACUCGCCCAGAUGGGAAGCCGUGUCCUCCGUUUAAGAUCAUCAUCCUGGACGAGGCGGACUCCAUGACGGCACCAGCCCAGGCCGCUCUGAGGCGGACCAUGGAGAAGGAGUCCCGCACUACCCGCUUCUGCCUCAUCUGUAACUACAUCAGCAGGAUUAUUGAGCCUUUGACCUCCAGAUGUUCCAAAUUUCGCUUUAAACCUUUAGCCAAUCAGAUCCAAGAGGAGCGCCUGCUGGAGAUCUGUGACAAGGAGAACCUCAAGUACACCAAAGAGAGUAUAGCAGCACUGGUGAGGGUGUCUGAGGGAGACCUGCGCAAAGCCAUAACCUUCCUGCAGAGUGCUGCGCGCCUCAACGUCGACAAAGAGAUCACAGAGCACGCCGUGAUCGAGAUAGCUGGGGUGAUUCCUGACAAGAGGAUUGAAAACUUGCUCCAGAUCUGCUUCACAGGGACAUUUGAGAGACUAGAGAUUGCAGUCAGGAACAUGGUGGAUGAAGGCUAUGCGGCCUCACAGAUCCUGAGUCAGCUUCACGACUCGAUCAUAGAACAGGACCUGAGUGACAAGCAGAAGUCAGCCAUCACAGAGAAGAUGGCGGUGGUGGGUAAGUGCCUGUCAGACGGAGCCAAUGAGUACUUGCAGAUGUUGAGUCUGUGUUCAGUCAUCAUGCAGCAAGCCACCCAGCACAACUGAAACUCCGAAAAGCAGCUUUGCCUCCAAAAGGACCAACUGAGAUAUUAGCACUUCACUCAGAGUCUGCUGACUAUGACCACAGCUGCAGUUUGGGAUGCUCACUUUACCAGAUGAUUGAGGUUUACAGUGAGGGACCACAGCUGUGGAGGAGUUUCUUCCAGUACCAACAGUCUCCCUCCACUCACUUCUAAAAAGAAGGCACAACCAUGUGAACAUACUUUCAAACUGUUACUGUUAAAUCAUCACAUCUCUUUAUCCCCUUUCAUUCAUCUAACAGAUCUUUGUACACUUUUGAAUAAAUCAUCUUUGUAUAUUAGUUUUGAAUAUCAGCUGUUUUUGCUGCUAUUUAAAAUAUGUUAUAAAAAAACAAACCUGUCUAACAUCACAUAAAAUAUGAAUUCUUUUUCUCAUUUAAUAUUUAUGCUGCACUGUGGGACAGUUAAAACGUCACUGAUACACUCAGACCUGACCAGCAUCAUGUCAUUGCUAAGGCUGUGCCCCCUUUUGGAGGAAGAAAACACACUGACACAUCAGGAGAGAAACCUGAAAAUGCAAAAAAGCUCAUGUGCAGUGGGUUAACUCAGGCUUUCACUCAAUAGCAUUUGUGAAUAUUCACUGUCAUUGUUACAGAAGCAUCAGAUCGUGGUCACUAGCUAAAUCUCAGCUUAAAGAUCACUUAUCCUAACAAUACGCGCUGAUUAAAGCCAGUAUACAUAUUUGACUGAAUUACCAUGCAGAUAUCUACACCUGUACAGAUGCCCACAUAAGCCAUGUCUGGCCGGUUUGUUGUUUUACUGAUCGACUUGGACAGAGUCAGACUGACGGGACAUGACAUAAUAUACAGUGCUGUGAAAAUGUAUUUGCCCCUUUCCUGAUUUCUUACUUUUUUUCAUGUAUGUCACACUCAACUGUUUCAGAUCAUCAAACAAUUUAAAUAUUAAACAAAGAUAACCCAAGUAAACAUAAAA